ACCCUGAGGGCUACUGUCAAUGCUGUGUAGUGUGUAUGUUUACGGCCGAUUUGAGGCCUGACUCCACUGACUGACACUCUGAAGGCCCAGAUUGGCCUUAGAAACCUCACUCCCUCCCUCCUUCCCUCCGCCCACCCAGUCAAUGAGUGCUUGCCUCAUCCGGAUUGAUAGUGCGGAGACCUCCAGUCAAUUCUCAUCACUUGGAGCUCAUAUUAGGGGAUUCCCCUUACCCACGCCCACGUUCCUCCACCCAUCUUCAAUCGCGAUCGUGGCUAGCGUGAACAGGCUCAUGGAGGACUUGGAUCCUAAUCCCACAACGCUUCUAUUAGGUCGCAUCCCGGAUCGAUCCGAAGAGAACUCCUUUCAACCAAGUGCGGCUUCCCACUCGCUCAAGGAUCAGGCGGCCCAAGCCUUGCUGCCCUCGCCCCGAAAAAUCCACCCGGAUUCAUCGGAGAGCGAGGAUGCGGAUGACGAAUUGCCGCCCAGUCAAUCGCGUUCCGAGCGUCGACCUUCUUCCACCACUUCCAAUGGCACAGGUGCACGAGCUGGCCCGGCUCAUUACCGUCGGCGAGGCUCACGAUCGUCCCGCCCCAAUUCCAUGUCCUCGGUCAUCACCCCUUCACCCACCGAUUCGACUGCCUCAGAGUUGGAGGACCAAGCCGUCAGUCCCCUCGGCCAUGCGAGUGGAGUGUUGAAGCGCCGUAAGAAGCGCACCCGCCAUGUGGAUGAGUAUGAGAAGAUGAUGUCGCGGAAGAGUGCAGAUAUUCAAAAGGCCCUCGUUCACGCCGAUCCCUCCGUGGGUUUAGAAAGAUUGCGCGAAUUGGCCGUGUCCGAAUCCGGAUUGUUAAACGAUGCCUUGCGCAAGCAGGCUUGGCCCAAAUUGGUGUACAUACGCAUGACUGAAACACCCAUUAUGCCGAGUCAGAGCGAGUGCGAGAAGCACGCAGAAUACCAACAGGUGGUGUUGGACGUAAAUCGCAGCUUGAAACGCUUUCCUCCGGGCAUUAAGGAGGAAGUGCGACCCGAGCUUCAAGAUCAGUUGACGCGAUUGAUCGUGCGCGUGUUGCUGAAGCAUCCGGAACUGCAUUACUACCAGGGCUAUCACGACGUGGCCAUCACCUUUUUAUUGGUGGUGGGUGAGGACAUGGGCUAUGACAUCAUGGAGCGGCUCUCGUGUUCACAUUUACGCGACUUCAUGGCUCCAACAAUGGAGCGCACCACCUUGCUUUUGAAUUACAUGUACCCAUUGAUCAACCGAAUGAACCCUGAACUUCACGACUUCCUUGUCUCGAGUGAGGUGGGCACGAUCUUCGCUCUACCUUGGGUCAUCACUUGGUUCGGUCACGUGCUGCCCGAUUACGAGGAUGUUGUCAGACUUUACGAUUUCUUCCUAGCCAAACCCGCGCUCAUGCCCAUCUAUCUGGCGACGGCGUUGGUGCUUCAUCGCAGUCAAGAGGUGCUUAUGGGCGAAUGCGACUUGGCCGCGGUUCACUCGCUAUUGUCUCGGAUCCCCGUCAAUUUGCCCUUUGAGAAGCUCUUGUUGGAUGCGGAAGACCUAUAUCAGGCUCAUCCCCCGAAAACCGUCGCGAAGGAGGCGGAGAAGCGAUUCCAGAAUCUUCAACGGCAAUUACGGGCUCCUCGCAGCCGUUACAAUGCAUUGGACUCCACCCCGUGGAAAGGCUAUGUAGCCGGUGGGGUCCUUUUGGGCGCGCCCGUUUUAGCUGGGGUGUUGGCUUGGAAAUAUUUCAAUUCCUCGUAGAGGGUCAUAUUUGAGUGGGGCUUUUUGUGCGUGAUUUUUGGGAAUACUUCUUAUUAUCACUAUAACAAUUAUUCUAUUUAUGGUUAAAUCAAUUUGACUCAACAAAAGAGAUAAAUACGGGCAUGACCAAGUUA